CGAGUGCUUCCGGGCCGUGCGGAGGGCGGCGGUGGCCUAGAGGCGGAAACGAGGAACUGGGAGCCGGUCAGGCGCGAUGGAGGAGUCGGAGCGGCGGCGGAGGCACCGGAAGCGCAGCCCGCGGGGAAGCCCCCGGGAGGCCGGCAGGUCUCAAUCGAGGAAGAGGCGCCGGUCCUCGGGCAAGAGGAGCAGGUCGCCGCUGCCCCGGGAAAAGCGGAGCCGGAGCCCGCGACACGCCGGCGUCAGGAUGAAGCAGGAGCCAGAGGAUCAUUCUCAGAGGGGACAUGAGGAGCGGCAGAAUCAAGACCGCUCAGAGCUUGACCGUAGGCGACGAAAAAGCAAUAGAGAGAGGCACCGGGGCCAUUCAGCCCGAAGGAAGCUCGCUAAAGAGCAGGCUGAGAGCCACGGAAGGGAACAGGACGCCCACCAUCUCCUGGAUCAAGAGGCGGAGAGGGAAUUCUAUAACCAGAGGCGGCGGCAACAUCAUCAACAAAUGGAAGGGAGUGGGGAUGAGGAAAAUAGUGAGGGAAGAGGGCCCAGCAACAAGAAUACGGACAAGGAGGCUAGCAAGAAGGAAAAACCAAGCUUUGAACUAUCUGGUGCCCUUUUGGAGGAUUCCAAUACUUUCCGUGGCGUUGUAAUCAAAUAUUCUGAACCCCCAGAAGCACGCAUUCCAAAAAAGCGAUGGCGUUUAUAUCCCUUCAAGAACGAUGAGGUUCUUCCUGUUAUGUAUAUUCACCGGCAGAGUGCUUAUCUCUUGGGAAGGCACCGACGCAUUGCUGACAUUCCUAUUGACCAUCCCUCAUGCUCUAAACAACAUGCUGUUUUUCAGUACCGGCUUGUACAGUACACCCGUCCUGAUGGCACAGCGGGCCGGAAGGUGAAACCAUACAUCAUUGAUCUCGGCUCAGGCAAUGGCACCUUCCUGAAUAACCAGCGCAUCGAACCUCAGCGCUACUAUGAACUGAGAGAGAAGGAUGUGCUGAAAUUCGGCUUCAGCAGCAGGGAAUACGUCCUCCUCCACGAGUCCUCCGAUGCCACAGGGGAUGACCAGAAGACAGAAGAGGAGGAGGAGGAGGAAGAAUCCACCUGUCGCGCUGACAGCGAGUGAACCUGGACCCCCCCCCCCUGGGGUCCACCCGGUGGACAUUGGAGCCUCCAAGCUCUGGGUGCCCUCCCUGCCUUAACACCUGGAGGUUCCUCGGGUGGAGGUGGCUGGGCCAGGAAGCCCCCUUUUUUUGCCUUGGGGUGGCGUUUUUUAAAGUUCGAUGCUUGCGCAGCAUCCGAGGCGUUUUUUCCAGUGCACGUUCCAUGAGGAAGCCGCUCUCGAGGGGUCGGCCGUCCUGAACACGCAGGGCGGCCCUUUACAGCCCACCAGCCCUUCCGCUCGUUUCUUCCUUUUUUAUUCCUUGUGCAGUUUGUUUAAAAAUAGAUGCUUCUUGGUUAAGAGAACAGCGAG